AGGGAAAAGGCUUGGGAAAAAAAGGUAAAGAAAAGGAAUUAAGGAGAACUGAAGAAGGAAAUGAAAAAAAGGAAAAAAAGAAAGAAAGAAAAAGAAAAGAAGGAAAAAACGCGUUUUCCUCAACUGGUUACACUGUUGAAUCCUCUCUCUCUCUCUCUCUCUCUCUCUCUCUUCAUUUCUUGCUCACCAAAAUUAGGGUUAGGGUUUCCAGAAAAGAAAGGCCCUUUCUUUACUCUGCAACUAGUGAGAGAGUAAGGGUUUACUGUUUAGUCUGUAAUGGUUUUUGGAGACCCUUUUGGGGGUUCUAAAAUGGGUUCUUCUUGUUUUUCUUCUUCGGUUAUCAAAUGGCAUUCUUUUUACAACUUGAGGCUGUUAUUUGUCUUUUGGGUACUAUCUUUCUCACUGAACGUUUUAGUUUCGGGUGAUUCGGACAAAUCGGUGUUGUUGCAGUUUAAGAAUUCGGUGUCUGACUCGUCGGGGCUGCUCUCAAGCUGGAACCUGAUCAACUCCAACCACUGCUUUUGGGCUGGCGUGUCUUGCGACAACAACUCUCUUGUAGUGUCCAUAAACAUCACUGGGCACAGCAGCAGCAGCAGCAGCAACUACAGAGGUCAGAACAGUGAAAAUGGAAGCCCUUUCUUUUGCUCUGGUUCUGUUCAGUACCCGCUCUAUGGAUUUGGAAUUAGGAGAGACUGCAGGGGUGGUUAUGGUGUUUUGGUGGGGAAAUUGAUAGCUGUUUUUGCCAAGUUAACCGAAUUGCGGGUCCUAUCAUUGCCUUUUAAUAGGUUUCGUGGGGAGAUACCUAGUGAAAUAUGGGGAAUGGAGAAGUUAGAAGUUCUUGAUCUGGAAGGCAAUUCGAUAUCUGGGUCACUACCGAUUUCCUUUGCCAGGUUAAGGAACUUGCGGGUUCUAAAUUUAGGGUUUAACAAGAUAGGAGGAGAAAUACCCGAUUGGAUUUCCCAUCGUAGAAAUUUAGAGAUCUUAAAUUUAUCUGGUAACCGCAUUAAUGGUACGGUACCUGCGUUUGUUGGUGGAUUUAGGGGUGUGUAUUUGUCACUCAAUCAGCUUGGUGGGGCAGUGCCUAAUGAAAUUGGGAACAGUUGUGAAAAACUUGAGCACUUGGACUUGUCAGGUAAUUUCUUUGUUGGAGGAAUUCCUAGUAGUCUAGGGAAUUGUGGUAAUUUGAAGACAUUGUUGUUGUACUCAAAUUUGUUUGAAGAAGUUAUUCCAUCUCAACUUGGUAGGCUUGGAAAGCUUGAAGUGUUGGAUGUGUCUAGAAAUAGUCUUAGUGGACCGAUACCUCCUGAACUGGGAAAUUGCUCUGUUUUGUCUGUGCUUGUGCUUUCAAAUUUGUUUGAUCCAUAUAAGGAUGUUAACAGUUCGAGAGGGGAUUAUUUGUUGGAUCAACUGAGUUCUGCAAAUGAAGAUUUUAAUUUUUUUCAGGGGGGUAUACCCAAGGAAAUUAUGUCUCUUCCGAACCUGAGGAUGUUGUGGGCACCAAGUGCAACUCUGGAGGGCAGCUUGCAAAGUGACUGGGGUGCUUGUGAGAAAUUGGAGAUGAUCAAUUUGGCCCAAAACUUUUUCUCUGGGGAAACUCCUCGUGAGUUAAGUAGCUGCAGUAACCUAUGGUAUCUUGACUUGAGUUAUAAUCAGCUCAAAGGGGAGCUUGUUGAGGAGCUUCCAGUUCCUUGUAUGACUGUGUUUGAUGUUAGUGGAAAUUCCUUAAGUGGUUCAAUCCCAAAUUUCUACAGUGGCAAUUGCAAAUCAGUUCCUUCGGCAAAUGGAUAUCCCUCCAGCAUCAAUGUUCCAUCAUCUGCCUAUAUAUCAUUUUUUGCCAACAAAGCUAUGUCUGGAAGUCCUGUACAGCUUUUCAGGGAAGAUGGUGAAAUUGCAGUCUUUCAUAACUUUGGGGGCAAUAAUUUUACUGGUAACCUCCAAUCUAUGCCAAUUGCACCUAUGAGGUUAGGAAAGCAAACUGCUUAUGCGUUUUUAGCUGGAGAAAACAAGCUGACUGGGCCAUUCCCAGAAAUUUUGUUUGAGAAGUGUGAUGGAUUGAACAAGUUGAUUCUUAAUGUUAGCAACAAUAAAAUUUCAGGCCAGCUUCCAGCUGAUAUUGGUACAAUGUGCAGAUCACUUAAACUUCUGGAUGCAUCUAGCAAUGAGAUUAUUGGUUUCAUUCCCCCUAGUGUUGGUGAAUUGGUGUCGCUGAUCUCUCUUAACCUUAGGUGGAACCUUUUGCAAGGUCAGAUUCCUACCAGUCUUGGUCAAAUAAAAGACCUCAAGUAUCUUUCCUUGGCUGGCAACAAAAUAAAUGGUUCUAUCCCGUAUAGCUUGGGUGAGUUAAGGUCUUUAGAAGUGCUGGAUCUUUCUUCAAACAUGCUCUCUGGAGAGAUUCCAAACAAUCUUGUGAACUUGAGAAACCUGACUGCUCUCCUACUCAAUGAUAAUAAACUUUCUGGGCAGAUUCCAUCUAGUUUGGCAAAUGUGACUAUGCUCUCGGCAUUCAAUGUGUCCUUCAAUAACUUAUCUGGGCCACUGCCUUUGAGUAACAAUUUGAUGAAAUGUAGUAGUGUUCUUGGAAACCCUUACCUACGCCCUUGCCAUGUUUUCUCCCUAACAGUGCCAACUCCAGAUCCAGGAAGUGCUACUGGAACACAAGGCUAUGCUGCUUCACCAAUGACCCAGAGCCAAAAGAGUGGCAACAAUGGUUUCAAUUCAAUUGAGAUAGCAUCAAUAGCAUCUGCAUCUGCUAUUGUUUCAGUUCUUCUAGCUCUGAUUGCCUUAUUCCUCUACACCAGAAGAGGGAGUCCGAAUUCCAAAAUCAUAGGGUCCAGCAAAAAGGAAGUAACCAUUUUUACAGAUAUUGGGGUUCCCUUGACAUUUGAGAAUGUUGUGCGGGCCACUGGGAGUUUUAAUGCAAGCAACUGCAUUGGCAAUGGAGGGUUUGGUGCUACUUACAAGGCAGAGAUAUCUCCUGGAGUCUUAGUGGCCAUUAAACGACUUGCUGUUGGACGAUUUCAGGGUGUUCAGCAGUUUCAUGCUGAAAUUAAGACCCUUGGAAGGCUUCACCAUCCAAAUCUUGUCACGUUGAUUGGUUAUCAUGCCAGUGAAACAGAGAUGUUCCUCAUAUAUAAUUAUUUACCUGGUGGUAAUUUGGAAAAGUUUAUUCAGGAAAGGUCCACCAGGGCAGUGGAUUGGAGGAUACUUCACAAGAUUGCUUUGGACAUAGCUCGUGCACUUGCCUACCUGCAUGAUCAGUGUGUACCACGCGUGCUUCAUCGAGAUGUCAAACCCAGCAAUAUCCUUCUAGAUGAUGAUUUCAAUGCCUAUUUAUCUGACUUUGGUUUGGCCAGGCUUUUGGGAACUUCUGAAACCCAUGCCACUACUGGGGUAGCUGGAACUUUUGGUUAUGUUGCUCCAGAAUAUGCAAUGACUUGUCGUGUUUCAGAUAAGGCUGAUGUCUACAGUUAUGGGGUUGUGCUUCUAGAGUUGCUCUCUGAUAAGAAAGCUUUGGAUCCAUCUUUCUCAUCAUACGGGAAUGGUUUCAAUAUUGUCGCUUGGGCAUGUAUGCUCCUUAGGCAGGGCCGGGCAAAGGAGUUCUUUACUGCUGGGCUAUGGGAUGCAGGUCCUCAUGAUGAUUUGGUUGAAGUCUUGCACCUGGCAGUUGUAUGUACAGUUGACUCACUCUCUACAAGGCCUACAAUGAAACAAGUUGUGCGACGACUAAAACAACUGCAACCGCCCUCAUGCUAGUCGUUUGAUAAGCUUUGUAUUUGAUUAACAUAGUAAAUUUGUAGAAGGUAAAAACCCCAUUGUAAUUCAUGCUCUCUCAGUCCUCAUUGGGCUGCCCUUAGGUAGAGAUCAACUGUAGUUAUUCCCACUUGUAAAUUGUAAUAUAGUUCUUGCCCCCAUUUUUCGAUGCUGUUUCCCUGAUAGGGGGCUCGCUGAUGAAUCUGCAGAAGAAUGCAGUUGUUAAUUAUCCCACUCUGUAUACGCAUCUCAGUUCCAUUUGUUUAAUAAAACCAUAGAGCAGAUGUUUUCUGAAAA